GCUCAAUUGGGCCUCCUCUUGAACCCUUCCAGAGGGGCUAGCGUCAAGGCUUCUGCUGCUCCAACUCUCACUCCUACCUUGCAGGUUGAACCCAGGACAAAGGAAGAACAGCUGCUGGCAAACUAUGUCCGUGUCUUUGUCAUGCUUCCAUUAGAUGUGAUAUCAACAAACAAUAAUUUUACAAUGAGAGAAAUCUCAGCAAACAACUUGCAGAGCUCAAAGCUGCAGGUGUAGAUGGACUAAUGCUAGAUGUGUCGUGGGGACUGGUGGAGAAGACCGAAAAAUAUGAUUGGUCAGCAUACAGGAGCUUGUUUAAAUUGAUCCAGGAAUAUGGAUUUAAGCAGCAACCCAUCAUGUCAUUUCAUCAAUGAGGAGGCAAUAUUGGGGACACCAUAACUAUAACCAUCCCCCAAUUGGUUAUUGAUAUUGGUAAAUCAAAUCCAGAUAUAUUCUUUACAAACAAAUAAGGUAAUAAGGACAAAGAAUACCUGUCUUUUGGAAUAGACAAUAUCCCCAUAAUUGCUGGGCGUACAGCUAAAGAGGUUUAUAUCGAUUACAUGAAGAGCUUCAAAGAUAACCUGUCUGAUAUUUUGGAGUCAGACCUUAUAAGUGAGAUAGAGGUCGGCCUUGGUCCGUGUGGGAAGUUAAGAUAUCCAUCAUACCCCGCUAGUCAAGGCUGGUUAUUCCCAGGAAUUGGAGAAUUCCAGUGCUACGACAAAUAUCUUCAGGCACAUUUAAAAGCAGCUGCAGAAAAAGGAGGACACCCAGAAUGGGCAUCAGAACCAAAGGAUGCAGGGACAUACAAUGACACCCCCGACAAGACCAAGUUUUUCUGUGACAAUGGACGUUUCCAGACUGAGGCAGGAAAGUUCUUCCUCACAUGGUACUCCAAUGCGCUCUUGGAACAUGGCGCUGGAAUUCUAGAUGCAGCCAAUGAAAUAUUCCAAGGAUAUAAAGUCAAUCUUGCAGCUAAGGUAUCAGGGAUGCAUUGGUGGUACAAGACAGAGAGCCAUGCCGCAGAGGUCACUGCAGGCUACUACAACUUGAACGGAUACCGGCCCAUUGCAAGGAUGCUUUCCCGGCAUUAUGGUUCCCUCAAUUUCACAUGUAUUGAGAUGCGAGACUCUGAGCAGCCUGCAGAAGCAAAAUCUGGCCCAGAGAGACUUGUACAACAGGUUUUAAGUGCGGCGUGGAGAGAAGGUGUUGAAGUUUCAUGUGAGAAUGCCCUUUCCCGAUAUUACAGGACCGGAUAUAAUCAGAUAAUACAUAACGCAAGGGCAAAUGGCAUCACAACUCCCCCUUCAAAACUGAGGAUCUCAGCAAUGACAUACCUACGGCUAUCAGACGAACUCUUGAAAGCAGAAAACUUCAAGUUAUUCAAAGCAUUUGUCAAGAAAAUGCAUGCUGGUCUGGAUUAUAACCCAGAUCCAGAAAAAUACUUCAACCCAAGAGUGCCAUUGAAACAUUCAAAACCAAAAAUGUCAAUUGAGGAGAUACUGGAUGCAUCAGAACCAUUGCUGGAACCAUUCAAGUUUGAUGCUGGAGAUAAUGAAGGUAUUACUGAUGCAGACGUUAUUGAGGAAACCUCUCUGGUAGAUCAAAUAAUAAAAUCAAUCGCAUCAAUACUUUCAUGGGGCAAGUAGAAAAAGCAGAGCGUAGACAUCAGUCUCUUGACAUGUACCCAGUACCACAAAGAUGUAGAAAAAAAAAAAUGUAAAUUGGAUAGACACUGAUAUCAUUGUGUACUGCAACCAAGUCCUAUGAUGAAUGCCUUCAUGGUGAGAAAUGUAAAACUGCAAGAGCUUUCUUAAUUAAAGCAGUUGCGGCGAAUCCAAUUACUAAUAACACACGCCAAAGCCAUGUUUCUAAAGAGAUAUCCUUGAGAGCAACAAGAAACUCUAUGAGACACUUCAACUUGAGUGUCUCAAUUCUAGUUUAAGGAAUUUGGAUUCGUUACAUAUAUUUAAGAAGAUAAGUGUGACUCCGGAUUUGGCAGAACCCCUACAAGUAGUUUAUCUAGUGAAGUACAAGGCAAAUUAAUGGAAAGGAAAGCUCAUGUUCAGACAACUGCACAGAGAUAUGUAUAAAGCACAAAGGUAGCAAAUAAAGGAUGAAAGACCACCAGAUUAAAUGAAACAAAGAUGAAAAAAGUAAGAAAAGUAAGAGUCAGAUUGGAGUGUAACAAUGAAAAAUUAAUAUCACGAUACCAGAUGACAAUAUGUGCAAACUUAACCACCCUCAUGACAGUCUUGCUGGUAAUAAAAUCUAAAAAAUC